AUGAAAUACCACGUCCCUCCGCUGCCAGAAUACACCCUCAAGCCCCUCCCACGACUCGUCUCCUGGGCUCCCGACGCCGUCAUACAGGCUGCGCUGCCGUUCAUCGCGUACUGGGCCGUUUCAUUGUUUUUCCACGUCAUCGACGUAUACGACCUAUUCCCACAGUACAGGCUGCACACGCCGGCAGAGGUUCUCAAGCGCAACCACGUGUCGCGUUACGAAGUUCUGCGCGACGUCAUACUCCAGCAGGUUAUCCAGACAAUAGCAGCCCUCGGGCUCUCCUACUUCGACGAGCCGCUCACGACAGGCACGGCAGACUACGAUGUGGCCUGGUACGCGCAGAAGAUCAGAGUCGCCCAGCGCGCUGUCCCGUCUAUCCUGACCAUGGCCGGACUGGAUACCACCGCAUUGGCCUCGAAGCUGUCCGCCUCGCAGCCCUCGCUCGCCUCAGUCGUCAUGGGAGGAAGCUACCCGGGUCUGUCACAGACGACGACAAUCGCUGGACUGGAGACCAUGGUCCCUGCAUUUGCCUCCUGGGAGCUCACAGCUGCCAGCUUUGUGUACUGGUACGCUAUUCCAGCACUUCAAUUCGCUGCUGCUAUUGUCAUCAUCGAUGCGUGGGAGUACAUGCUACACCGCGCCAUGCACAUGAACAAGUGGCUGUAUGUGACCUUCCACUCGCGUCACCAUCGCCUUUACGUCCCAUAUGCAUACGGUGCUCUGUAUAACCACCCACUCGAAGGCUUCGCUCUGGAUACCCUGGGUGCUGGUCUCGGCUACCUUCUCACCGGAAUGACGAUGCGCCAAUCCAUGUGGUUCUUUACCUGCUCCACCAUGAAAACCGUUCUUGACCACGGCGGUUACGCGUUCCCCUUCGACCCUAUCCACUUCAUCUUCCCGAACAACGCCGCGUACCACGACAUCCACCACCAAAGCUGGGGCAUCAAGACCAACUUUUCGCAGCCAUUCUUCAUCUAUUUGGACAGGCUUGGCGGAACCAUGUACAAGGGCGACACGGCUGCCAAGUACGAGCGUUCGCGCCAGACCGCUCAGCUAAAGUUUGACCAAGAGAAAGAGAACGAGGCACAGGCAGCACCUGCAGAGUCUGCCAUGGCUCCUGCAUCAGCAAACGAGGAAACCAUCCUACCACAAGGAGUCUCAACACCACGCAUGUCGCGCAAGAAGGCACUCAGCAUUUCUUCAUCGGCUGGCAACUUCAAGGAUUUGACAAACAUGGUCAACCAGAACCUCCACGGUCGAAGAGCAAACGUUUUGGGGUUGGAAAGCUCGCGGUGA